AUGGCGUCGCUUUGCUCUCCGAAAUUGCUCCCUUCUCCAUCGCUUGAUGUUCUAGGGUUUCUAUCUAUGUCGAAGAUGUCUUCCUCUUCUAUGCACGACUCGCGCUCGCUUGUUUGCUCCUCGUCCCUUGUCCAUGGUUUCUCUUCCGUUCGCCUUCCUUCGCGUCGCCAAUGGAAUCCGAACCAUCGGAUUGCUAGAAGAGCGAGUAACCAGCUUCAAGUUGUGGCUAUGGCACCAGAGGAAGAGAAGCUCACUCGUCGCAAUCCUCUCGAUUUCCCAAUCGAGUGGGAGAGACCUAAACCUGGGAGGAGGCCUGACAUUUUCCCCAAGUUUAGCCCGAUGAAGACACCGUUGCCACCGCCGAUGCCUUAUGAUCCUCCAGAGGACGACGAAGAAGAGGAAGAGAAGAAGGAAGAGGAAGAAGAAAAUCCAGACCAAGAAGAAGAAGAACAGCCCGAGAAGCAGCAAUAG